AAUGUCUGAAGAACCAUGAGAACGUUCUCUUUAUUCCUUGUAGAGAUGAUUGGUAGUUAGGCGAAAGAUUCUAUCAUCUCGUUUCCAACCUUUCUAAACAACCUGUGGCCUGCUUCUAGGUCAUUUUGAGGCCGUUCGGGAACGCCUGUUUGAAAGUUUUCAAGGAUAUGUUCUCAUGCCGUCUGCUUAUUCGAAUUACUGAUACUGGAGGUUUUAGAAAUAUAUACAGAUCUCUUAACGUCGCAUCAGGACAGUCACCGAUAUUCAAACCACGAACUGCUUUAAUAUUGGCUAAGCUGUCUAAAUAUGAUUGUGAAAAGUCAUCUGAAAACUAUCUUAAUGAUGAUCAGUUGAGAAAAUCUGUGGAAAAGAAAGGGUUUAAUGCUCAGCUUUUAAUCGCUCGUCAUGAAACACACUAUGCAAAGUUAUCGGAAUUACUAAGCGCUUUAAAAGAGCAUGGUUUAAAAGUGCAUGUCGUGGAUCGUCGUAGUUAUUCACUGGAUUCUGUUAGUUGGGCUGAUGUUGUUUUUACUGCUGGUGGGGAUGGAACGUUUCUUCUAGGCGCCAGUAAAAUUUUACAUCCCAAUAAACCGGUGAUUGGUUUCAACACUGAUCCUUCGUUCUCUCAUGGAUUUUUAUGUCUACCGAAAUGGUGUAGUUUAAAUGUUUCAACAGCUGUUGAUCUCCUUCUAUCAAAUCAUUUUCGAUGGCUUCGGCGCCAGCGUAUACGGGUCACUUUAACACAUUCCAAAAGUGAACAGUUGAAAGUGCAACCGUUAGAUAAAAACAAACCAAUUAAUCAAGAUUCAUAUGAAAUUGGAGUGUCCAAUGACUCGUUGGAUUUAUCAGCUUGUCAGCUUUUUCCUUCUUCGUAUUCUCCAGCUGAUAUGACUACAACUGUAUUACCUGUUUUCGCAUUGAAUGAGGUAUUUGCUGGGGAGUCUUUAAGUGCAUGUGUAUCCGUCUAUGAUAUUUCAGUUGAUGGUAAGAAAAGUGAAAAACAAAAAUCAAGUGGUGUAGUCAUCUCUACUGGUACAGGAUCAACUUCAUGGUCUCAACAAAUUAAUAAAAUCAGCAAAUCAAAUAUUAUGGAACUAUUAAAAAUUGUCCAACAGAUUAAUCCUUCUUUUAGUAUAUCACAGUCUGAGGAUCGUAUAUCAUCAUUACAUCGUAAUGGUCAACACUCAAGUUACUCAAAUCUUAGUGAUAACUCUAAAUUAUCAAAUAAUUCUUCCUUGGAAUUAUUGACUGAAAUGACUGAGACAAUGUACAGUGAAUCGCUUAUUUUUGAUCCAGAAGACUGUAAAAUGAUGUACACUGUUCGAGAUCCACUGAAUAAUGAUUGUAUCAGUGUCAUAUGUCUGUUGAUCGUUGACUGACAUGAGUACCAAGCUCCUGAAAUUUCUGAUAUCCUUCGUCUUUCCUUUGUUCAAGAUCUCCACAUUCUCCCAGUCGAAUUCAUGUCUCUAAUCGUCUAUAUGUAUUGAUAUGCACGAAGAUAUAUCAUGAUGUUUCACUGGUGGUUGAUGUUCAUGUAGAUGGAUACAAAAACAGCGGCCACUCUGUCAGAUAUAAUGUUUUUGGAAGUUUCUGAAGUUUGGUUUAUCUUCCUUUGCCAUUGUGUUUUUUGUUCUGCGUAACACAGAGUAAAGUGGUUUGCCAGGCCUGUAAGCUACAAAGAUUCUUAAAGGUUUCGGUGAUCUGGUUGCGAUUGCGGAAAUAUUCUUCACCUAUAUUUAAAGUUACUCAUUCUCGUGGUUUCACGUCAAAUUUAUACAUUAGGUCGCUUAUGGAUGAUGGUCACCUAGUUUUUGACAGUGGUCUCACAUUCCCUUUUCAUCAGGCUCCAUUGCAAAGUUUACAGUACUUCCUACUGAUUCAUUGUGUUGUGUUCAGUUUGAUGUCCCAUGUUGAAAAGUGACUUACUAUGCUUAUGUAUUCACAUUUUUAAUAUUCUAAAUUAACAUGUAAUAAUAAUUGCGAUAUAUUUAGGCAUUCAGCAUUAUCUGUAGGUAAUUUUUGUUGUUUGACUAACACUUGUUUACUUAUAGUUAAAGUAUUUAUGAAUUGUUUCUCUCUUGAAUGAAUUUGCCUAGUCGUCUCUUCUUUUUAGUCCUUAUCAUAAUGAAUUUGUCAUCAGGUGUUUUUGUAUAUGGUUUUGCAAAUGAUCGUCUUUCUUAAAUGAUUUAGUGUAAAUAUAAUCCUAUACCAGUAUAUCUUGAUUUAUUUCUCAUAGUGAUUGUUGUGGAUACGAAUAUAAUGUUGAUAAUCGAUGGAAGUGACCAUUUUGUGGGUUUAUUGCAUGGAUAUUCCUUUCUUAAUUAGUAUUAUCAAUUAUAUUUAAAGUACAGUGUUGACGUUGCAUGCCUUGUAUACAUAUUUUGUAAGUGCACACUUGAGAUAAUACUUACGACGGCCUGCUUGAACCUUGGGCUACCAAAAUUAUCCACUGAAACAUUUUUCACCAAAUUUUUUCCUUUCAAUUUGUUUUAAUCAUGCAAAUAUAUCCUUUGAAUGUAUCAUGUACUCUUGUACAUUUUUAAACUGUUUUCUACUCUCCGUUUCUCGAGUUCAUCACAAAACAGACAAAAAAUGUUACAGUAUAUGGAAGUGAACUUUCAGUGCACAAAAGUUCAUCAUAUUUCUAUCCGUCAGAUACUUAGCUUGAAUUAUAGAUUUUUGUACCGGUUGAAUGAACCUCCACUACCAAUAUUACGAUUGCAUUUCUGUUGAUUCUUCAUUAUGGACCGGAUGUCCAUCCAGAACCAGCUGGUUAUUUCACACUGUUGCCUUGAAUAAUACUGUUAUUAUUAACAUCAAUCAGAUGCAAUAACUGUUUCUUCUGAAAGUAUUAUUCUGGGAGUGAAUUUUUUGAAAUAUUACAUGGUGAGAAUUCCACACUCAUACAUAUUGUUUGAAAUAAAGCGAUUAUCAUUAAAAA